AUGUCUAGUGAAUCCUACGAGCCAGAGCCUCGUCACAUCUGGUCACUGGUCAUUAUGCAAUGUAUCGCGCAAGGAAUCCUUAUUCCUAUGCUUGUCACCUUUUUGAACCCCGAGCCCGCUCUCAAACGACCGAUCGGACUCAAACUAUACGUUAUUUUCGUCAAUGCACUAAGCUUGGCACAAACAAUAAUUAUAAUCUUUUGUGGAUUUAGGACAAUAGAUGCGGUCCCUUCUAAUCAGAUUUAUAUACAUACCUCACCGGAUUCAUUUGUUCCUCUGUCCAGCCCUUUUUCAUUUAUCGCUGCUGGAGAAUAUUUGGGAAACGGAUACUGCCCAUCAUCCCAUUCGUUGCUCUUUGUUGUCUCACUUUCAUCGCUGAUCACCUGGGACUCCAAUUUGGCGGAUACUAGUUCGGCACAAAAGAAAAAGAUUGCGAUGGCUUUAUGCAUUAGUAGCUCGUUCACUUUGGAGUUCCUGAUGACGACCACCACCACGGUAUUCCUUUGUCGGACUCGUACCGACCGGAGGGCCACCCUCUCUGACUCUUCUUUCGGGGGCAUGAAUGCAAAGAUAUUUAAUUUAUCGUUAAUGAUUAGUUUGUUGGGCCAAGUUUAUGUUCGCCAAAAAUUCGAUAGGUCUGGUCCCUCUCAGCUUCCUAAUGUGGGGGCCUCGCAUGGCACGAUGGGCAUCAUUAGUGAACCGGUGUUUGCUAGGGACAUGGCCCAGGUUGUUACUUUCGAUGAUGGCCAAUUACCUGUGUCGAGCCGAAUGGAGAUUUCUACUACCGAUGUUAGCGUGGAUAGUCUGUCGAGCGACCACAGUAAAGAUGCGCCGGAAAUGAGUCAGGUGUCGGUCGUGAAGCCGAGCGAAGACGGUGGUUCCUAUGCUAUCAGACUCAUUCAAUUUCCCCCUGAGGUGGCCGCUCCUCAUAAAUCUACUUGA